AUGCCUGACUUCAAGCUCUCCGCAACUUUGGAGGGCCACGGCGAUGAUGUUCGCGCCGUGGUUUUCCCAAACCCCAAUGUCAUUCUCUCCGCUUCCCGUGAUGCCACAGUCCGACUAUGGAAGCUCGUAUCGAACCCACCGCCCGCAUACGACUACACGAUUGCAGCCCACGGCGGCGCGUUUAUCAACAGUUUAGCAUACGUUCCACCCACACCGGAAUUCCCCGAGGGACUCGUUCUUUCUGCUGGACAAGAUGCCAUCAUCGAGGCUAGACAGCCCGGUAAAGGUGCGGCGGACAAUGCGGACGCGAUGCUUCUGGGGCAUGGCCACAAUGUCUGUGCUCUAGAUGUGUCCCCUGGCGGUAGUUGGGUUGUCAGCGGUAGCUGGGACUCAACUGCGCGUCUAUGGAAGGUCGGAAAGUGGGAGUGUGACGUUGUCUUGGAUGGACAUGAAGCAAGCGUGUGGGCUGUCUUGGCCUACGACGAGAACACAAUUAUCACAGGCUGCGCCGAUAAGAUGAUCCGGAUGUACAACACUUCUGGAAAACUCCUUGGCAGCGUUCAAAAUUCCGACGACGUCGUUCGUGCACUUUGCAGGCUUCCUGAAUCACAUCCCUCGGGGGCCCAUUUUGCUUCGGCUAGCAAUGACGGGAUCAUUCGUCUCUACACUCUACAAGGCCAACUGGUUGCAUCACUAUAUGGCCAUGAGAGCUUCAUUUACUCGCUUGCAGCACUCCCUACCGGUGAACUUGUGAGCUCUAGCGAAGAUCGCACGGUGAAGGUCUGGAGCGGGACUGAGUGUGUCCAAACAAUCACGCACCCUGCCAUCUCAGUAUGGAGUGUGGCAGCCUGCAAAGAGACCGGUGAUAUUGUCACUGGUGCUAGUGACCGCAUUACCCGUGUAUUCACCAGGAGCCCAGAUCGCCAAGCAGCCCCGGAGGCUGUGCAGCAAUUCGACCAAGCCGUCAAAGAAUCAGCUAUUCCAGAGCAGCAAAUUGGAAAGAUUAAUAAAGAGGAGCUACCAGGUCCAGAGUUUAUACAACAAAAAUCCGGAACCAAGGAGGGCCAGGUCCAGAUGAUUCGUGAGGCCGAUGGCAGUGUGACUGCUCACACUUGGUCAUCGGCAACCCAGGAAUGGAUUGCCGUUGGAACUGUGGUGGACUCGGGAGGAAGCAGUGGUCGCAAGACUGAGUAUGCCGGUCAGGAUUAUGACUACGUCUUUGAUGUCGAUAUUGAAGACGGCAAGCCCCCGUUGAAGCUUCCCUACAACGCCUCCCAGAACCCAUACGAGGCCGCGACCAAGUUUAUCGGCGACAACGAACUUCCUAUGACAUACCUUGACCAAGUUGCGAACUUCAUCACUCAGAACACCCAAGGUGCCACGAUUGGGCAAUCCUCCCAGGAACCCGCAGGUGCCGAUCCUUGGGGCUCAGACCGACGCUACCGUCCCGGAGAUGGUUCGGCCACCGAAGAGCCCCAGCAGCCUCCCCCUGCUCCUGAGCCACGAGUCAAUGUUCUUCCUCAGAAGAUCUAUCUCUCCAUCCGUUCCGCCAACUUGAAGGUUAUCACCAAGAAGCUUCAAGAAUUGAACGCGAAACUCGUGUCUGACGGCUCAAAGGAGGUUGCUUUGAGCCCCGCAGAAAUGGAAACAGUCAUCGCCUUGUGCAGUCAACUAGAGUCUUCGCAACAGCUCAAACACACUCCAGAGGUCGAAGCCGGUGUGCCCUUGAUCUUGAAGGUCGUCACGACAUGGCCAGCCGCAAACCGGCUCCCAGGGUUCGACAUUCUUCGUUUAUUAGCUGGUGCAUCAUCAUUCACAGCAAAUGCAGAGUACGAUGACAAGAAUGUCGUGUCCGGUGUCAUCUCGAGCGGUGUAUUCGACUCUCCCCUCAAUGUCAAUAAUGCAAUGCUCGCAGUGAGAUCGUUUGCGAACCUUUUCGAGACAGUCGAAGGCCGCGACCUCGCGAUUCGAUCCUUCGACCAGAUCCUCGCCGGGGUGAAGUCUGCACUGGCUAACAGUGGUGUCCCUGUCAACCGCAACCUCGAGAUCGCCAUCACGACGCUUUACAUCAAUUUUGCUGUUUACCUGACUUCAGAAGAUAGAGGCCAGACUCCCGAAUCCUCGGAGCGGGGCUUAGUGCUACUUGAAGAACUGGCUCGGAUCAUUGCCGCAGAGAAAGACUCUGAGGCUGUUUACCGGGCCCUCGUUGCGUUGGGCACACUGGUCGCCGGUCUCGGCGAGGAAGUCAAGAGUGCGGCCAAGGAAGUCUAUGAGAUCCAAAGCGUACUUGCUAAGGUUUCAGCCUCCGGCCCUGGAAAGGAGCCUCGCAUUAAAGGCGUUAUUGGUGAGCUUAAGCAGGCGCUUUGA